AUGUUCCGCUGGCCUCCAACGCUUGAUGCAUCCCCUAUUUUCUCCGCCAAGAAACUCGCAAACACGGGUCAGAUUCAUCGUGCCUUUGCCGCUGAGCUUGUCUCGCAUCUAAGACAGCAUGGUUUCGCCCGUCUGCGUAACUACGGCGUCGCUCCACGGGCUAUCAGGGUAUUGUUCAAUUAUCACCGUCUUUUCUUCAACCUCUCUCUUCCUGCUAAACUUAGUGUUCGCCAUCCCGACGGCGAGGCCCCGGCAAGGGGAUACUCGCCAUGGGCUUACGAAAAGACUGCUAUAGUGCGGCCCGAUCUUCAUGACGCCCCGAACCUAAAUACAUUUUCCUCCUAUAAUUCACACCAGAUCGAAGUCUCCACCAGCUCUUCCAAGGCGCAGCUUCUGGACGCCCGUGAGAAAUUCGCUAUUGGCCCUCCUGGAGACUAUUCCUUCCCCACACCCCGGCUUGCCGAGGCCUUGCUACCAGGCUUCAAUAGCACAACCCGGGGCGCAUAUCUGAAGAUAAUUAAAGCAUGCAACAUGUUACUCGCCGCGAUCGAGCUGGGCCUUAACGUCCCUCCAGGGACCCUUAACCCGCCCGCCACCGAUGGCCUUGGGACUGAGCUGAACCUGAAUUUCUAUCCGGAGGUUGCGCGGGACAUGGUUGAUGGUGGCGUUGGGGAUGAUGUGGCCAUGUGCCGCAUCUGGCCGCACUCAGACCUCGGGGUUAUAAGCGCACUCUUCCAGGAUGGCGUUGGUGCGUCCGGGCUUGAGCUCGAGGUGCGCGGAUUAGGUGAGGACCGCCGCAAAUUCGCUCCCGUGUUCGUGGAGCAGGAAGGUGAUGUCGUGCUACUGGUGUCGGACACGCUGGAGCGCUGGACAAAUGGGAAUUUGCGUGCUGCUUUGCACCGUGUCGGUUUACCACCUGAGACUGGGAUGUCGCGCGUGCCGGAACGAAGGUCAGCCGUCAUGUUCUUCCGCCCACCGCCGACUGCGGAUAUAGGUCCCAAGUCGCAAUUUGUAUCGGCUGAUAAUCCGGCUCGAUAUGAUUAUAUUACUGCUGGAGACUAUUUGAAAGUCAAUAACAAGAAGCUUUAUUAG